CCGAGCCGGGCUGUGGGGCCCGACCCGCGGCGGCCGGGGCCAGCGGGCCGGGCGCGUCCUGCGGCUCCUGCGCGGCCGCCUCCGGCGGGGCUCGACCGCUCCGUGCCCGGCGGGGGGCCAGCGCUCGGGGCCAUGGUCGUGGACCCCUGACGGGCCGCGACCGCCCCCAUGAAGCGGAAGAAAGAGCGGCGGCAGACCUGGGCCGCCGCGCCCCCCUCCGCGCGGCGCUGCUCGUCCACCUCGCCCACGGCGAAGAAGAGCCGCAGCUCCACGUCGCAGGACCUGGACGAUCCGGAUGAGCGGGACGACCUGUACCUGGACAUCACCGCUUUUCAUGGAUACUGCUCCAACACAGAUCGCCUUUGUUUUGCCAUUCUCUACAGCAGACCAAAGAGUUCAUCAAAUAUACAUUAUUUCAGCAUAGAUAAUGAACUUGAAUAUGAGAGCUUCUACGCAGAUUUUGGACCACUUAAUCUGGCAAUGAUUUACAGAUAUUGUUGCAAGAUAAAUAAGAAAUUAAAGACCGUUACAAUGAUAAGGAAGAAAAUAAUUCAUUUUACUGGCUCUGAUCAGAAAAAACAAGCAAAUGCUGCUUUCCUUAUUGGAUGUUAUAUGGUUAUAUAUUUGGGGAGGACUCCAGAAGAAGCCUAUAGAAUAUUAAUAUUUGGAGAUACACCCUAUAUUCCUUUCAGAGAUGCUGCCUAUGGGAGUUGCAAUUUCUACAUUACGCUUCUUGACUGUUUUCACGCAGUAAAGAAGGCAGUGCUGUUUGGCUUCCUUAAUUUCAACACCUUUAACCUUGCUGAGUAUGAAUACUAUGAGAAAGCAGAAAAUGGAGAUUUAAACUGGAUCAUACCAGGGCGUUUUGUGGCCUUCUGUGGACCUCAUUUGAGAACCAAACUCGAAAGUGGUUACUACCAACAUUCUCCCGAGGCUUAUAUUCCAUACUUUAAGAACCACAAUGUUUCUACCAUAAUUCGCCUGAAUAAGAGGGUGUAUGAUGCCAAACGCUUUACCUCUGCUGGGUUUGAGCACUACGAGCUCUUCUUUGCGGACGGCAGUGCCCCCACUGAUGACAUUGUGAAAGAAUUUCUGGACAUUUGUGAGAAUGCCGAGGGCGCCGUUGCAGUCCACUGUAAAGCUGGCCUUGGGCGCACAGGCACAAUGAUUGCCUGCUACCUGAUGAAGCAUUAUCGGAUGACAGCAGCCGAGAGCAUCGCCUGGGUGAGGAUCUGCAGGCCUGGCUCCGUCAUUGGGCCUCAGCAGCAGUUUCUGCUGAUGAAACAGUCAAGCCUCUGGUUGGAAGGGGAUUAUUUCCGUCAGAAGUUAAGUGGUCAGGAGGAUGGCAAGCACAGCGCCGCCUUCUCGAAGCUCCUCCUGGCUGUCGAUGACAUUUCCAUCACCGGGGUGGAGAACCAAAACAAGCCAGAACCUGAACUGUACAGUGAUGAGGAUGAAAUCAAUGGAGUCACACAAGGUGAUAGACUUCGGGCCCUGAAGAGCAGAAGACAGUCCAAAGCAAAUGCUAUUCCCCUCACAGUAAUCCUUCAGUCCAGUGUUCAGAGCUAUAAGCCAUCUGAACCUAACAUUUCUGGCAGUACAGGCAUUACUCAAAGAACCACCAGAUCUGCUUCAAGAAAAAGCAGUUUUAAAAGAUAGAAUUGCUGUCAGAUACUUGUAUUUCCUGGUCUUGUUGAAAGGAUUUCUAGGAAAUGGGAUUUGAUAACCUUGUAACCCAGAAGAAUUGGCAUACUGCCUCCAGAGCUGCUUGGAUCUGGGGAAUCUGGGGCCUGACUCCAGGGAUGCCUCCUGCUGUGAAUCAGAUGGACACUCCCCUUUUCCCCUCCACACCUCAAGUGCAACUUCAACAUACCCAGAAUCUUGCGCGAUUUGAAAUUCUGAGUCCUGGUUCCAGAUCUUGUUGCUGUUGAAUGGGAAACAGGACAUGUCGGAUGGAGAGAGCCGAUCCACUUAUGAGCCUUAAAUAGCUUUGAAAGUACACCCAGAGAGUUUCCAUUGGAAUCAGAUUUAGAAAUGAGUAUUUUUAGGUGCCCUUGGAGCUUUUCGGGAACUCGAAUCAGCAUGCCCGGAACCGCCCACAGGAAGGGUGUCUGCAAAGUGAGAGAAGGAAAAAGGUAUCUGGUGCCCAGCUAGGGUCCAAGCAAGGCUCAGGUCCAGCAGCUGCACUUGGUCGCUGCUGCGUCUCGUGCCACACACUGCCCAUCUGCUCCUGGGUCUCUCUACUCUCCAUUCGUCUUCCUCUGCUGUUUUCUUCUCUCCGCGGGUUUCUUCUACCUCUUGUCUUGGGCCCAGAUACAAUUGGUUCUCUAGUGCUUCAUGGAUGUCUGUGUUGGUGUUGGGAGUCGUGGGACCGGCCCUGCUGGGGGUCAUACCCGGGGCCUCCCAGCCUCUGCUAGGAUCAAUGCCCAGGGUCUGUGGGAGCACAUGUGCUGCUUUUGUUGUCUGUUCUGAGUAGCUUGGCAGUGUCUCUCCAAACACUUUUCAAAGUAAUUGUUGCAUUUUGGGAAGCAGUGCUCAAAAACGGGUUUUAGAAAUAUUCAAACACAGACCACAGGGGCCAGAGUGAUAUGAUGGGUAGGGCACUUGCCUUGCUCAUGGCUGAUCUAAGUUCAAUCCCCAGCAUCUCAUAUGGUCCCCCGUGCACCCCCAGGGUUCUGAGUACAAAG